AUCAUGCACCGUACAAGUUUUACGAACUUUACGGAAGGUCUCUGAUUAAAGAACGGAGGCAGAAAAUCAUGUAAUAAUUAGAACCUGUAAAUAAUACGAAGAAGGAAAAACCGAUCAAGAGAGAGACUUAAUAAACAUUUUUUUGGAAAUUUCUGGGAACUGUGUGAGAAACGAACUAUUUUUUUUUGGAUAAGGUUUUUCGACCAAUCAUCUGCUCCAUUGGUGAAUGACGAGUGCUGUUACGAUUGUAACCGCAGCCCGCAGCAGCUGUAGGCAGUUUAGGGCUAUAGUACGAGCUUCCGCAGAUUUUUUGACAAUUUCUCCCUCCCCCCUCCAUCUUAUAUUCAAUUCUAUACUGUUAAUAAUAAAAAGUAUAUACCGCAUAUACAUAUAAAAGAAAAUAAACCUCGUGUCACACCCGGAGUUUUUUUGCUUAUUCGUCUCCUUAAGAAUUGUAACUGUAUAUACACAGUUGAAUUACGACAAUUUCAUACGAGUGCCUCGGUUCGGGAAUUUUGGGUGUUGAACAGAACAACGGGAUUCUCAUUUUAUCAUCAUCGUAGCAAAGAUAAAGCAGCAUUAUUUUUUUUUUAAAUAAAUUCUGUGUAGCAGAAGACAGCUUAAAACCGCACUUGAGGAGGCCUUAUUUCGUAUAUGUGUGUAUCUAUAUCGGUCUAUUAGGUGCAUAUAUAUGUAUAUAUGUCGCUAUACGGAAUGUACUUGAAAGCAGAAUAGUGGCCGUUGGGCUUUGCGACAUAACCUUUUCGCCAGUGCAUAGCGUCCUCAUUUGCAAAUUUUUUCGAACAUCAAGUCCAUCGUUCAAACUUCAAAAUUACAGAAAACAACGAUACGUCCAGUUAUCAACUUAACGGAUAUUAUGAGAAGUUUUGCAAAAACAACCUGAUAGAAGAGAGUAUAGUUCGAGACAUGGAUCCAGCUACAGCCAUAGCGCUGUGCAAAGAAAAUAUACAACCGCUGCGUCAUGGCCGUAAUGCCAUGCAAUUGGGUACUGCUCUUCGUGCCCAAGAAGAUUCCGAAGCCCAACAGAUGCUCAUGCAGGAAAAACAGAUGUACGAAGAUGGGAUAAAGAAUUAUAUUGGGGAUGAUCCUUUGGAGAAUUGGUACGAAUAUAUAUUGUGGACAGAGCAAAGUUACCCAAAAAGUGGUCAUGAAUCACAUAUUGGCAAGAUACUUCAACAAUGUUUGGCUACGUUUGAGAAAGACACUAAGUAUCAUCAAGAUCGUCGAUAUGUCAGACUGUGGAUCAAUUACAUAAGCAUGCAAAAAAAUCCAUUAGAGUUAUACCAGCUCCUUUAUAACAAUGGAAUUGGAACAAUGGUUGCUGAUAUGUACAGAGCAUGGGCUUUCGAAUUGGAACAAAUAGAGGAUUACAAACGUGCUGACGAGGUAUACUUGAUGGGAAUAUCAGCCCUUGCUGAACCUCGGGAAGAGCUUGAUUACGCACACAAAAAUUUUCAAUUGGCUCUGGGUCGAAGAAUGCUGGGUCGUAACGAUGACAGAAAUGAAAUACCGUUGUCGGAACAACGCCAAGCAUUUAGUUCGCUCCGAGCCAUUAAAGCAGGAAAACGAGUUGCAAACGUACGAACCGGGCAUCGUGUGCGAGAUUACCUCCCGGGAGUUGUACCACAAACCGCUGCAACAAAUCAUGGUGCUCGAUCGAACUCGAGAAUUCAAAUUUAUCAGGAUGAACUUGCCACCGUGGAGCCGAAAGGAGCGAGUAUUUUGGAUCACGUACCAAUCGAAGAAACGGUGCACAAAGAGAAUACGAUUAAACCAGGACCGUGGAACAACGGAGCGAAAAAGUGUCCGCUCAUCCCUUCGAGUAUAAAGCCUGCGUUCAAAGUUCACGAAGAUCAGCAGGACGAAAGUUUUGACAUGGAAAACGUGCGGUUGUUUCCGAAUCAUACGCCAUUUUUUGACGGCUCAAAUUAUUCGGAGCACGCGCUGGUUCCGGUAUUCGUGCCAGAGACAGCCAACGCUGGUUUUAUGUUGAAGCCUCACUAUCCCAAAGAACUAGUUUAUAUGAAUAAUGCUGAUCGUAGUAUGGAGGAAAUACGCGCAGAAAGAUAUAUGCAAAGGUACUCCAAAAAUUGUGACGGGAAAAAUUUGGUGGAGAAUUUAGUGGUGGGGCAUGAAAGGGAAGCGAACGGUGGGAACAGUAUGAAAAAUCAAGUGUGCGAGGCGGAAGAAAUUGAGAGACGGGAAAAGAGAAAAUUUGAGCAAGAGGAAAUAGCGCAACAGCGACGACAGCAGCAACGGCAAAUGGAACAGCAGAGAAGGGAUUUGGAGCAAUACGAGUUACAGCGUCAAAGGUUACAGGCAGAGCAGGAAUUGUUACAGAGACAACGUUACGAAGCGGAGACUUUGAAAAUGGAGAAAGAACGGCGAGAGGCGGAACAGCGUGAGCUCGAGCGGCGAAGAAACGAGCAAUUGGACCUUGAGCGACGCAGAAACGAACAGCUGGAGCUUGAACGACGUAGAAAUGAACAAAUGGAGCUUGAGCAACGUAGAAACGAACAAUUGGAGAUCGAGAGACGUAGAAACGAGCAGUUGGACAUCGAGAGACGCAGAAACGAGCAAUUGGAGCUUGAGAGACAACGACGCGAGGCCGAACUUGCGAGACAACGAUGCGAGGCCGAACUUGAGAGACAAAGGUACGAAGCAAAACAGCUCAAAGAACUGGAAGCUGUACGCAUAGAAGCAGAGAGAAUCGAGGCUGAGCGCAUCGAGGCCCAACGAAUGGAGGCUGAGUUACAAAAUUCUCAGCGAAAACCGCAAGCUGCCAGCUUUUUGCUUCAUCGGCAUCACACUCCUUCCGUUUCCGCUGAAUCCGAAGAACAUUUACUCGGACAAAGUUUGACUGUGAAUACGAAAGAAGCAAUGUCAGUUGUCCAAGAUCUCUGGCAUUCACCGUCCUUACAAAAUCCUGGACCGAUAAUAAAUCGUCCGAUAACUCACAGGAUUCCUGAAACUCGUACCAAACUCUCCUUCGACAUACACAUGGACAGCUCUAUGACCCAGCAACACGCAAUGUCUGCUACAAAAAGUGAACAUCACCCCAGCACUCCGAGCUAUCGCGUACAAAGUUAUCAGGAUCAAGAAAAUCAUCAACAUUAUCACAAUUCUUAUUCCAAUCACGAACCUCAGCCUUAUACGACCCAUGGAAUUCCGGAUCCAUAUCAGUAUCAGGUACCUUUGCAACAUCACGAUCACAGAGUUCAUCAUCAGCAUCAACAUCACCACCAACACAACGAUAGAAAUGCCCAACACCAUCAGCAUCAAGCUCACAUUUUAUCACCACAUCAACAGCAUUCCCUGAUGCACCAGGAUCACAGUCCGUCUCAGCAAAUGCAAAUUCAUGGAUCUCAGCAGCAUCAUCAGCUGCAUCACACUUCGCAUAGUCAGCACCAGCAACAAAUUCACCAAUCUCCGCAGAUGCAUCAGCCUCCGCAGAUUCACCAAUCUCCGCAGCUUCAUCACCAUCUUCAUCAUCAUUCGUCGCACCUGCAACAGCAGGCGCAUCACUCGCGUCAUUCCCAACAAUCUCUCGAAUCUCCACAUUCGCAGCACAUGCCAGCGUCUCACGUUCAUCACCAACAACACAUGUACGGGCAAGUGUCUAUGCCACCGGCAAAUAUGAACGCUUAUCACCAGCCACCGUAUACGAUGGGUUUGCAAUGCUCUCCGAAUCAACAGAGCGUAGAAAACGAAAAACAGUCGCUCCACUUCACUCCGUAUAUCGAAACUGAGGCGGAUUCCAACAAACCUUACAGAAUGCCUGAUCAAUUGCCUUAUAUCAAAUCCCCCGGUAUGAAUCGUCGUGACUUAAAGUAUCUCGAGAAUGCUGACAACAAAGAAAACUCCAGUGUCCCCGUUGAUUUCAACAACUCUGUUGAAGUACCCAAACAAACCGAGGAAAAUUUGUACGUCGACGAAAGCCUUGGUACAGCUCCGCUCGCAGGUGCCAAUGAUACUUGCUUCACCGAGGCUUUUACCACGCCUCUUACGAGUUCAACACCUUUAACCAGCCAAUUUAAACCUUCGUAUAGAACGAAAGAAGUUGCGCCUUCUUAUCCAACCCAAAACGUCUCGAUGAUGCCGCAACAAGGACCAUCCGAUUCAACAGCGGGUGAACCUGAAAAGUUGAGCGUUAUCAUGGAAUCAACGAGAGAAUACGUUUCCAGUAGUUCCGGAAGCAGUGCACACACAAGAACUGCGGGAAUGGGAUUCGCCUCUGCUCGAGAAGAACUUUUGCCCAUAAAAGAGCAAUCCACGACUCAAGAGAACGAAGGCAGCGAUACUUUACAUGUGCCUGAAAAAAGUUACGAUGAUCAGAUGCGUGCCAAAAUCCAAGCGGUCCACGCUCAGAGUCCCCGAACGGUGCAGCGCAAUGUUGAUCAAAUAACUUCGGAAAUCAAGAACAAUUGUGACCUCAGAAUUCCAUUUAAACUCAAUAAUGAACCACAAACUGAAGAGCCAAAAGUCGACACGAUGGACUGCGAGUUCCAGGAGCCCAUGGAAGAAGUUGAGGAGGAAGAAUUCGUAUUGCCAACUGGUGAUAUUAAUCCUUUUGAUAAAGGCUUGAUUGCUGGUCUUUUGAGAAAAAUUAAAUUCCCUCAGUCACAACACUCUGACGGAUACGUCAGAUUACACAUUAAUUUAAACAAAAUUGUGCCUUCUAGUAUGAUUACGCUGGGGACCGAAGCGUAUGACGUGGAAAAGUGCCUUGGAAAAGGAACUUACGGAACAGUUGUGAAAGCGACCGAUUUACAAACGAGACAAGUCGUCGCUUUGAAAACUCAAAAACCUGCAUGGGUGUGGGAAUUCUACAUCGCCCGAGAAAUUAAGGCGCGACUCUCGAAUCCUCACAUGUUACGAGGUUUCAUGGAUAUAACAAAAGCGUAUGUGACGGACAACGGCAGCGUAUUGGUUUCUCAAUUCUCAAAAUAUGGAACACUGUUGGCAGUGACGAAUCAAGUGAAAAUAGCGACGGGAAAGCCACUGGUCGAGUGUCUGGCAAUUUUUUUCACCAUCGAGAUGCUCCAAAUUGUUGAAUAUCUUCACAAGUGUCAAAUCAUCCACGGUGAUAUAAAGCCCGAUAAUUUCCUCCUCAUGCACUUACCUACGGAAGACGCCAGACCAACAAUACAGCUUAUAGAUUUUGGGUGCAGUAUAGACAUGAGUCUUUUACCUGAAGAUACUAAAUUCCAUCAAAUUAUAAAAACUCAGGACUUCACUUGUAUCGAGAUGCAAACCGGAAGGCCGUGGACUUAUCAAACAGAUCUUUACUGCUUAGCUGGUUCUAGCCACUGUUUGCUUUUCGGAAAUUACAUGAGGGUUUCUCACAACGGUAACCGUUGGUCCAUAAACUCCAAACUACCAAGAUAUGCGAAAAAGACAGUGUGGGAAAUGUUUUUCACGCAGCUGUUGAACGUCGAGUCUUGCGAAGAGAUGCCAGAUUUGAGCAAAAUUCGUAUCGCAAUGGAGGAAUGUUUAUGCGAAAUUUCGGAAUUCCAAGCAAAAAUAAGGCAAUUCGCAAAUGUUUUGAACAAGCGAUAACCCUUGAGAAAAAUUUUGUGUCCGCGCGCAUCCGGUAUUACCUACGCUGUGCGGCUGUGAUCUCAGUGAAGAUCCGACGCCGUAUAUAAAUAAAAAAGUUAAUAUUAUCGUGCUAUUUAUUGUGGAUAUCGUUAACAAACCUGGUAUGUAUAUAUUUAUAUAAAUAUAAAUAUAAUGAAAACAUUUAUAUUUAUAUAAAUAAAUAUAUGCACUCAAAUAUACACUUCGUUUAUGAUUUUAAUUACGGGAUGGAAUGAAAUCCCUACACAUUUCAAUCGAGGCUUUGUCAUAAAGGUUACACUUGCACAUUUUCAGUUGUAAAUCUAAUUAAAAUGAAUUUUAGAAGAAAAAGAAGUUCAAUUUCAAUGGAUGAUAAA